AUGUCCUCACCAAAAUCGACCGAUGCUGACCAUGUCCGACAGACUUUGAUGAAGCUCUCUGUUGCCGUUCGCGAGACGACACCUGCUGGCGCGAAACAGGUGUCGCACGCGCCCAAUUUAUUGGCUCGUCCUGUAUACGGUGGCUGUCGCGUCUGUGGUCUUCCUGGUCAUCAGUCUGCUGAUGUUCAACAUCCGGCCGCAUGUCGAGUCGCUCUGCUCUCGCUGAUCGGCUUCUGGGAGGUCGUCGCAGACCACACAUCUUUCCUGUACCAGUAUUCCGAACGCUUUCAGAAGGCUAUCCAAGCCAACGAGCCGACCUAUGCGAUGCGUUUCGAUAAUCGUCCGCUCAAGGGUGGUGACAUGGAGGCUGUGCUUGUAGAUCGCCUGACGGGAAACUUUCUCAAGUUUCUGGCGCAUGUUCGGGGUAUCCGAGCCAAGGUUAAUGUGGUGCUCGACGAAGAGGGUAUAGGCAGGUACGAGCGCGUGGCCAAGAACUUGGAGGGGUUCUUCCUGGGUGGGCUGACCUUGUCCAACCUCUACGAGCGCAGUAUGGCGAUGGAAGAGUGA